CGCGCCUGCUCUUCUUCUGCUCCCGUUGCAGCCACCCGAAAGAAGAAAAAAAAAGGGGAACCCAGCCAUGCUUUGAGAAACCGGUGAGAAAGCUUGGUUUUUGGCCUUCUUUUCUUGCUCUAGAACACAAAUUGAACCCAGAAAUUCUCCCCCCUGCUGGAAAAUCCGGAUCUUCUCUGCUCCUCCUCUUCACCGCCGGCUGCUCCUGCUUUGUGGGGUGGGUUUUGCUCCGGUUUUUGGUAAGAAAUAGCCAUGAAUCUCCCUUCUCCAGCUUUAAUUGCCUUGGGUUUACUCUAAUUUUGUGUUGUUCCUUCAAUUUUUGGGUGGAUUUCCCGUGAGCUUCUUCUCCAAAUUCCCUCCGGUAACUUCCCCAACUGCAGCUCCGGUUUUAGCUGGAGAAUUCUGGAAGCGAAACCGAAGACGAAGAAAUCACGGGAAGUGACGAGUUAGAGAGCUAGCCAUUUCGAGAUUGAUAUAUAUUCUAGAAAUAAAUCAUAAUCUUGUAAACUAGAGUGUAUUUGGAGAUUUUAUGAUAUUAGAGCAAAUUAUAAAAUUUGAUCUUCAAAUUUUGGUGUUACCAGAGGAGCAUGAAUGGAGAGAAAAUCUUUUGAAGGUUUCUUUAAUGAGGAAUCACAUAACAGAAAUUCCUUCAAGCAUGCCGUCUCCAAAGUGUCCUAUGCUCACAACCUUGCUGUUGUCUGAUAAUUACAUUUCAACAAUUCCAGAAGCCUUUUUUGAGCAUAUGCUUGGGCUCAAGAUCCUUGAUCUUUCCUGGAAUCGUCACCUAUGUAGGCUGCCGAGUUCUAUCUCCAAAUUGGAGAAGCUUACUACAUUAUUGCUAUGUGAAUGUUAUUCCUUAAGAGAGGUACCAGCAUUAUCCAACCUUGUAGGGUUAAAAAAGUUGGACCUUUUAAGGACAUCAAUUGAAGAACUACCGCAAGGCCUCAACAUGUUAACAAAUCUAAAAUAUCUUGGUCUUGGUGGAAGAUUAUCUGAAACUCUUGAUGAACCGCUACAAAAUCUCUCCAAACUUCAGCAUUUACUAGUAAUUGCCAAUCUCCAUGCCGCAACAGAAUUUAAAUUGGAGACGAUUGGAAUUUGGGGGAAGCUUCAAAACCUUGAGAAGCUGCAUCUUGAUUCUUUGCAUAACUUGAAUAUGGUGUUUGGGGAAGUAGGAGCAAUUGCUGAGUCAGCAUCGCUACCAGCUGGCACAUUUUCCUCUCUUCAAUAUAUUAGUGUUGGGCAUUGUAAUAAAAUAAAGAAGUUAUGCUCGGUAAGGUGGUUGGGAUAUCUCCAGAAACUACAGACUGUUGAGGUUUGGAAUUGUGAGCAACUGGAGGAGAUAAUAGGGUCUGAAUCUAAAGAAGGAGAAAAAGUCACUCUACCCAACUUGGAAAGGUUGAAAUUGACAAUUUUGCCCUUAUUGAAGACCAUCUAUAGCGGUUCUUUGAUUUGUGAUUCCAUCAAGAAGGUCUUGGUUUAUCGCCACGUGUACCUCCCACAAGCUUUUUCUCUCUUAAAGAAAUUAGGGUUGAACACUGUGAUCAAUUAAAGAAGGUAUUCUCAUCUGGAUGGCUGCUCCACUACUUCCAAUCCCUAAAGACUAUUGAGGUUUCAAGGUGUUCGCAAAUGGAGGAGCUGAUAUCGUCAUCGGCACAUGAAGAAGAAAAAGUCACUCUACCCAAGUUAGAAAGGUUGGAAUUGACAAGUUUGCCCUUAUUGAAGAGCAUCUGCAGCAGCUCCAGUGUGUUGAUUUGUGAUUCCAUCCAGAGUCUGACGAUUUCCCAUUGUGAGAAGCUAAAGAGGAUUCCUCUGAAUUUUCCCUCCCUUGACAAUGCCCAAUCAUCUCAUCCUCCUUCCCUCAAAGAAAUUGUGGUAUUCCCAAAAGAAUGGUGGGAAUCAUUGGAAUGGGACCAUCCCAAUGCAAAAGACAUCCUUUUCCCCUUCUGUAAAUUUCAGCAGACAUGGUGGUAGGGCGCACCGCAAAUCAAUUGGGAUUUGGCUCGGUAACCACAAGAAAGUUGGAGGAAAUCACAUAUGCGCUAGUUGCUGUUGCUAUUGCGUUUUCCAUGUAAUAUAAUCUUUGUUUUUCUUUUGCUGUGUGUGUUGUGUGUUUAAAUAUGUCCAAUUUUAAGUGGAAAACUGGAAAUGCUUGUUUUUUUAUUGUCUUUGUAAUGUUGUCUUUGAAACUGUGUGGGAAAAAGACUUGAAACUGUAUUUGCUUUUCUUGUAAUAUGUAUUUCAAUUUAUUGCAUUUGCAUAUCUCCUCAAAUUUCAUUCAGCAACAUUAUCAUCAUCAACAAAAACCGAGACUUACUUUCAUCAACAGUAGCGGCACACUCUGUUACUUUAUAUUCUCAGAAUUGCCCAAGGGCUAGCAUUCAGGUCAGAGGGCACUUCUCUUCUCCCUUUGCCUUUUUUUUGUCUCUUUUUUUUUUUUUUCUGUGCAUCAUCAACAUUAAACUGUAUUUGCCUUUUUUUUUUCAUCAACAUUAGGGGAUUUAGCAAAAAUCGUGUUGCGCCAGUUGCAUGUGUAUUGAGACAACUACAGGGGGAAAUUUUAGAGCUUUCUUUGUCCUUUUUAAGUUUUCCUUAAUUGUUCAGUUUUGCCAUUCAUUUCUAGCCCUUGUUGCCCUACCUCAAAUUUGAUUCCUUUUUUCAGUAGUCUCUAUAUUUGCUCUUAAAGAUGUCUGCUUUGGCGAUGAAAAGAUUGACCAGAUUUUAGUAGUUUCAGUACCCUUGCUAGGUAUUUGCUAACUGUGCUUAAAGACUGUUAUGCUGAUGUAGUAUUUUAUUUGUGGUAUUGAUGCAAUAUAAGAUGUAAGAGCUUGAGAACUUUUUUUUUUUUAUCAGUAAGAGCUUGAGAACUUUCUUUGUCCUUUUUCUUAAAUGUUUUGGUUUUGCCAUUCAUUUUCAGUCCUUGCUUCCCUGCCUCUUGUUUGACACCUAGUUUCAAAUUUGAUGGUCUCCAUGUGUGCCCUUAAAGAUGUCUGCUCUGGCCAUGGACAGAUUGACUCGAUUUCUGAAGGUGACUUCUUAGUUGGUUACAGAUAUAAGUACUUCCUGCUGCAAAAUUUGUUUUAAGGCAUGAUAAAGUGCUUGAAAAUGUAUGAAAGUUACAUCAAAUAAUAGAACUUCUUAUAUUUAAUUUUUUUAUAUCCUUAAAACAUUGUCUUUGAAACAGAUGACAAAUUUCAAUACAUAUCACUUAUCUAGUUUGUCAUGUUAUUUGUAAAAGAGAAAUUUUGACCCAAUAUUAAUUUCAUAUCAAUAUAAAUUGUGAUUCUAU